GUAAAUGUGUGUGGGUGCACAUGUGUGUGUUUGGGGGAUGUCACACAGAUAACGUCAGACAGAUUAAAAGAGCAGCGGGUUCCAAGCUCAGUUCAAAUAUUGGAGAGGUUUUAAAGUUAUCUUUUUGGGAACAAUUACUGAAUCUAAAAAUACAUUAGGCUAUAAUCAUCAAAAAUUAUGAACAACAGUGCUUUGCGUUUCAGCUACCUCCUGAUGGUACUAAGUGCAGUGGAAGCUGGUACAGGUGCUGUGUCAUUCUGGCGGGAGAGCUUCACUAUGACAUGUCCCGAAAAUGGGACCUGGUUCAAAUCAGAUAACCCCGUUCACAGUGCCAGCAAGGACUUCACAGUUACUUAUAAUGGCAAAAACAAAGGCCUAUACUAUUGUGAAUAUGGUGAAAAGGUCAAAUAUUAUUUCUAUGUGGAAGGAAACGUCUGUUCUGAUUGUUUUGAGCUGGACGCAACACUGUUUGCCUUGGCCAUUGUUGCAGACAUGAGCAUAACACUUAUAUUGAUGUUACUUAUCUACAAGUGCACCAAGAAGAAAAUUUCAAAAGAUACCAAAGUAUCCACAGGCCCGGCCCAGCCUUCUCCUGACUAUGACCGCCUGAACACCCACUCCCAGGAUCCAUAUUCUUUUCUCAACAAUAGCAAAUCAAGAUGAGGCACCUGUGACAGCUAACAAGUUGAAGCAUUUCAUCUGGGAAGACAAACAAUUGAAUAUAAGAAGGGCAGCAUUGCAACAUUUUAAUGCUAGAAUUCUUUACACGCCAUACAAUUAUAUUCACUCGAGCAGUUGACUCAUUUCAUCAUAAACAACAUUAAGGUAAGCUCAUGACAGGAAGAGGAAGUAAAGUUGGCGCCCAAAUUGGUCCCAUGGAAAAGUAUUAAAAGUUAAAUCUAAUGUCAAAAUUUGAAUAGUUUAGCACAAUAUGAGUGCUCAUCCAUUUUCUACUGCUACAUAAUAAGUUAAUGUUAUGUCAAUUUAUUGUUGCUUUAGCCAUAUUGUUCUGAGCAGCGAGGACAGUUAUGUCACUUAGACAACUGUUCCAUGCCUCAAAAGUUCACAACAGAACGAGAGUGGAUUGUCCAUUAUUGUAUGCUGAGAUGUAUGUAAUUAUUAGUAUGUUGUGUAAGAUUAUAAGUAUUGUCGUUGGACCUCCUUCACUGAUGUCCAAAUCAGUUUUCCAAAGGGAAAGAGUAGUUAAUCCUCAUCAUGGUCCUGUUUUAUGAAUGUGUGGCUAUCAUGACACAUUUCCUCCUAGUUAUCACUUUGCCUUAUGUGGUGACUUAAAAAAAAAAAUCUCCUGCAGUGUUAGUCCUUUAGAUCAAUGAACAUCAACAUGGCACCUGCAAUCACCAGGAAGCCCCCAAAGGCCACAUGAGUAGCCCUGUUCUAAUGAUAGCUCACCAGUGAGUGGUAGGACGUCCCUAGAAAUGUUGGAGAUGUGAUUAUUUAAGAAAUAAAACAGCAAAUUUACAAAAAUCUACAUUAAAUGUUUUUUAAUAUUAAUGCUUACAGCAUCCGUUUUCAACCACAUUAAAUACUUUUAUGAUCAGUGUCUUCACAUAGAUAAAAAUCACCAUUUACUACCAUUAACAAGUAAUGUAAAGGAAAUUUCAACAAUUUGGUGUAUAUUAAUCAGUACCAGGGGCGGAACUACUGUAAGUGUGCAACUGUACCCGGGUUGUUCAGAGCUGUAAUAUAGUGUUUAAAGUAGAGAUGUCCCGAUUGAUCACGUCAUUUUCAAAGUAUCGGAAUCGGCAAAAAAAUAUCGGCCAUGCCUUUUUUAAAUAUACAGUAUAUAUAUUUUAAUUAAAUCGUUUUCUAAUUGUAUUUAACGUUACAGACAUAAUAUGUUACACUCAUCCAGCGUCUUUAGUUUAGGCUUAAGGUAGGGUUAUCAAAAAUAUCCCGAUAACGGCGGCAAUAAAUUUAUUAAAAUCUGUGUCACGUUAAAAUAUUUAACGCUAUUAAUAUAUGUGCUGCACGACCCUCUCACUCAUUGUCGCGAUCAAUCUAUAUUGACACUGUUUUACCUAUAUAGAGAGAUAAAAACAAUGAGCAGAGAGAAUUAUGGCAGCCUUCGGAGCCUUUCUUUAAUUGGCCAUAACCUUGUAAUCUCUCCCCCUAUAAUUAGAAAGAUGAUGGGAUGAAAUGUGGGGAAGCAAAGUGGCAAAUGAUCUGUGUCACAUUACCUUAAGUUAUUUCUCAAAGCAGAGAAGAUAUAUCCAUUGUUAGCACGACGCACAGUCAUGGUUUUACUUCCCAUCAUGGUUCCACUUCCCAUCAUGCAUUGGAGUAUCAUUUACUGAAAGCUCAACAAAUACGCUAGAUGGCAAUAUUUAGUCACAAUAUAAUAUGAUUGUCACAAUAUGCAAAGUCACAAGUCUUUCUAUCCAUGGAUCCCUCUCACAGAAAGAAUGUUAAUAAUGUAAAUGCCAUCUUGAGGAUUUAUUGUCAUAAUAAACAAAUACAGUACUUAUGUACUGUAUGUUGAAUGUAUAUAUUCGUCCGAGUUUUAUUCAUUUUUUUCUUAAUGCAUUGCCAAAAUGUAUAUGAUCGGGAAAAAUUAUCGGGAAUGAUUGGAAAUGAAUCGGGAGCAAAAAAAAGCAAUCGGAUCGGGAAUGAGAGAUACUCAAACUAAAACGAUCGGGAUCGGAUCGGGAGCAAAAAAAACAUGAUCAGAACAACCCUAGUUUAAAGUGUUAGAUAUCUCUGCCAGACCCCAUCCCCCGCUUGGCCGGUUGUCUGGAGGGUCCCACAACUAAUUGUCCACUAGCACCACACUGAAAAUCCACUCAGGGGGUCUCUUUAAUUCUCAUUGCACCCGGGCCCCGUUCACAUUUGUUCAGCCACUGAUCGUUACCCAAGAUCUUGCUAUGACCAUUUGUUGGCUUAAAUAGAAUAUGUUUUCCAUAACACAAGAUUUUUUUUUAUUUGUAAUUGCUUCCAUUUUAAAUCGAAUCAUGUUUUUUGCUUUCUUAAAUGUAACAAAUGUAUUGAAAUGUACAUUUUAUACUGUCUGUAUCAAGUAUUUCUCAAAAUAAUCUGCAAUUUUUUUGUAGUCGGAAACAUACCUCUGAUACUUAUCAGAAGUGUAGGUUCAUCACGUGUGAUGCAGCCUCAAAGCCGCAGCUCAUAUCCGUUACAGUUACACCCCUACGUUCACCCAGACAUGCGGCCCAUCACCUGCCUUUGUGAGGUGGAAAGAAGAGAAUAUUGCAGUAAUGUUUUGUCUGCUUAUGGCUUUUACUUACUCUUAUACAGUGGGGCAAAUAAGUAUUUAGUCAACCAUCAAUUGUGCAAGUUCUCCUACUUGAAAAGAUUAGAGAGGCCUGUAAUUGUCAACAUGGGUAAACCUCAACCAUGAGAGAUAGAGUGUGGGGGGGAAAAAACAGAAAAUCACAUUGUUUGAUUUUUAAAGAAUUUAUUUCCAAAUUAGAGUGGAAAAUAAGUAUUUGGUCAAGACCAAAAGUUCAUCUUAAUACUUUGUUAUGUACCCUUUGUUGGCAAUAACAGAGACCAAACUUUUUCUGUAACUCCACUAUAGUGUAUAAAAUUGUAUCCACCAGUGCAUGUUUUCCCCAGUGCCUAAAACAUGACAUCAUUUCAAUGUCACAGUUCUCUGAUUAGCUUACUAAUGAAUUAUGAGUUAUAAUUAGAACUCACACUUGCUGCUUUGUUGCGUAUGUAACUGUUUGCUUUUGCCAUUAUAAGGAACUGAAAUAUGUUAACAAGAAAUAUUUUGGAAUUAAAACCACUCGAUUAUUUGACAAGGACUGACUUUAUUUUUAAAACCAUUUCUCUCCUCCCUCAUUUUUCCAUGUAACUCCCUCAUUGUAUACUAGUAUGUUUGUUAACGCUAGAAAAUCUACAUCAGUAUUUCCUUGUGUUCAACCUGUCCUAUGUGUUUGAAUGCAUUUUCGCUCACAUAGUUUUGUAAAACAACUAAAGGUUCUUAUUUCUGGACAGGAAAACACUCCUUUUUGAGGAUAUUGUGUUAUAAUUUAUAUUUGUAUUCUUGACAAGAUGUGUUUUUGUGUAUUUAAUUGUGUCAUGUGUAGUCAAAAAGCCCCCCUCUCCUUAAGUAAAACAUUCCUUAUUCAUAGACGUCACUAUCAGUUGACAUGGCUUGGGGCCGAUCCUCAGGGGGCCUAUUUUCAAAAACUUAUAAUACAAUUAUUUUUUAAACCAAAGCCGCUAACGACCUAAAACAAAAACAGGCACCUCCCUUAGGCAUUUAUGAGUCUCCGUGAGCAGCGACAUAAAAAUAUUCAAAGUCGUCCCCCUAAUAAAAUCCCGAUUAAUUAUAUGGCUAUAAAAUUCUCAAAUUUUACACUAGUUGCACAAAAAUCACCAAAUGCAGAGAUAAUCACUUAUAUUUUCAGGAUCAAUAGCAAUAUUUAACAUAUCAUAUAGGUUUCUAUAGAUAUUAACAUAAAACAGUCUAGAUUCUUGGUUAAAAGAAAAAAAAAACAGGCAGAUACCAUUCAUUAUACGUAAGUAUUUCAAGCCAAAGUUACGGUAUUGUGUAAUCCAACAUGGCGGCCGUCACGAAACAAAGUUGAUUCCUGUAAGUAAAUGCUAAAAUUGCAGAAUUUCUGCAGAUAUGAAUGUUAAACACUUUAGAUUCUUGGUUAAAAGUAAAAAAACAGACAGCUAUCUUUCAUUUUACAUAAAUAUAUCAAGCAAAAGUUACGGUAUUGUCUAAUCUAACAUGCCGGUUGACAAAAAAAAAAAAGUUUUUUGAGUUGAAAAUCCUUUUAAAGAAAUGCUUAAAUUGUGGAAUUUCUAUAGAAAUUAAUGUAAAAAAGUAUAGAUUAUUGGUUAAAAGCAAAAAACAGGCAGUUAUCAUUCAUUUUGUGUAAAUAUUUCUAGCCAAAGUUACACUAAUUGUAUCCAUUGAUAUUUUUUCACAUUUCAAAGUGCAUGCAUGGUGCUAUUUGAUAUAAUAAUUCCUUGGAAUUCUCGACCUAAUCACUCUUGAGUUACUCCUGCCUGCUUCUACACAGUAAAACCUUCGUCCUAUUUCCACCUAAAUCCGGCGUUAGAACGCAGCGUGUUUGAGUUUAUCAUAGUGAAAGCCAACGGUCUGCCUGGGUCGGCCCCUUAUGGGAAGGCGUGGCACAAUGUCUGAGGGAGCAGUCUUGUCAACUGAUGGUGUAGUCUAUGCCUUAUUUUCAUCACAUUACUGAGUACUGUCAGAACAACUCAAUGUUAUUUAGAGGAAUAUACUGUAUAUCUCUUUAAGAGCUAUCACAGUUGCAAAAAAGGGUACAUAACGCCAGCUAAAGACAAUGUAACAACAUCAUUUAAAGGCGGAACAAAGUUAAACAGUAUAAUAAAAAAUGAAUAAAUGAAUACCCUGGAUUAGG